CGGCCGGCCGGACGGGCACGGGAGAAGAUGGCGGAGGCCUCGGCGGCGGGCGCGGGCGCGGGCGCCGCCGUUCCCCCGCACCGCUUCUUCUGCCACUGCUGCAAGGGCGAGGUCAGCCCCAAGCUGCCGGAGUACAUUUGCCCCAGAUGUGAAUCAGGCUUCAUCGAAGAAGUGACUGAUGAUUCCAGUUUUUUAGAUAGUGGUGGCAGCGGCCUAGACGACAGCACAUCCACGCAGUUUGCAGAGCUCUGGGACCAUUUGGACCACACAAUGUUUUUCCCAGACUUUAGACCAUUUCUGAGUAGCAGUUCACUGGAUCAAGACAUUAGAGACAAUGAGCGGGGUCAUCAAACCCAUGCAGAUCUUUGGGGGCCCAGCAGGCCACCCAGACUGCCAAUGACCAGGAGAUACCGAUCCCGGGGGAGUUCUCGACCUGACCGGUCCCCAGCAAUUGAAGGAAUAAUACAACAGAUCUUUGCAGGAUUCUUUGCAAAUUCAGCAAUUCCUGGCUCCCCCCAUCCUUUUUCAUGGAGUGGGAUGCUGCACUCCAACCCCGGGGACUAUGCCUGGGGUCAGGCGGGGCUUGAUGCCAUUGUCACCCAGCUCUUAGGACAGUUGGAAAACACUGGGCCUCCCCCAGCCGAUAAAGAAAAGAUCACCUCUCUUCCAACAGUGACAGUAACUCAGGAACAAGUUGAUACGGGUUUAGAGUGUCCAGUGUGCAAAGAAGACUACGCAGUCGGAGAGCAAGUCCGGCAGUUACCCUGCAACCACUUCUUUCACAGCAGCUGUAUCGUGCCAUGGUUGGAACUGCAUGACACGUGUCCUGUUUGCAGAAAGAGCUUAAAUGGUGAGGAUUCAACUCGGCAACCACCAAACAGCGAGGCCUCUUCAAGCAGCGGCUAUGGCAGUGACAGCCGACUACAUGACCCGUGGACUUUCUGAAGCUCAAGACCCAUUGAGCUGGGGCCGUGGUAGACUUACUACAAAUGUAAAUUGUAUAAAAAAUAGUAUGUGGAUAUAGGACCCUCACCAGAAAUCCCAACCCGUAUUAUUAAUGCAACGAGUGCUGUCCCUCUCCAAAUUUAAAAUUAGCAUUUACGGAUGGAAUUGUAUCUACAGCCGAAUGCCUCUCUUAUUCCUGAAUUCAGAGUGAUGACUUGAUUUUAUACUUGUGAAACUUAAUUAUGUGUUUCAGAAUGAAAUAAAUUCCUUAAAGGUCUAGUUAGGGUUCUGCUCUCUGUCAUGCUGCCUUGUAAUGGAGGUUCUGCUUUCUCCCCCAGCCUCCGUCUUCCCCAUCAGUGUAUUUUAAAGUAAAUGCAGUGGAACCAAAACCCCAUGGUCUUUUUGGCAUAAAGUAUUUGUCUUAACUGGAUGAAAGUGGCUCCUUCUGGCUGGAUUAGCCAUGGAGUCAGGUGAAAUGAAGCCAGAGCUUUGACUUGAGCUUCCAAGAGCAAACUGAAGGACAGUUAAAAGUGGGAAAGAGAAAGUGGCUUAUUAGUCUGUCCCUUUGGUUUUGCUCAUUUUUCUUUUUAAAAUGAUACUUCAUGAGGAAGCAAUUCCCCUUGAGAAGACAAUAUGGUAUAUUCUUGUAGUCUAGCUGGGACCCUGCCCUGUCCCCUUGUUGGGGAAGGGUUAAAACAGGAGGAAAGCUAAAGGGACAGGACUGUGACUCUUAGGUUUAGGGGCUUUAAUUGCCCUUGAUUCAUAGUAGGUUCCUUGUUUCCUGCCUGUUGUUCUGGGAACCUCCUGAAGAUAUCUCUUCAGGAAAUGAAUGGGAUGUUUCAUAAACUGCUUAAGUGUCUAGUUCAUUGAUACUUGAUAAUUCAUUGGUCUUCAGGAAUUUAGAUUUUUAUGUUGUCUCUUUUUAAACUUUUUUUAAAAACACAUUUCACUUGUAAACCUCUGCUGUUCUGCCUGGUUCUUGCUGCUGUUGGAGUCAUACCAUUCGUGGCCAGGCCCAAGAACACUCAACUGAAGGAGGUAUCUGACUUAAUGUCCUACUCUGUUAACCUAUGAGCAUCCCUAUACAUAUGUACACAGCUCUGUGGAGCGUUCAUUUUCUAAAGUUGAAUAAAUGAAGAAGGUCAA